AUGUACUCCAAGGUGAUAGUCUUCCUAUGCGCUGCGGGCAUUGCGACCGCUGGCAACUUGCUCCAUGCCCCUCUCGCUUACACCGCUCCAGUCUCUUCUGUAUCCUACUCUUCCCAGACAACAUCCCAUGGUGCGCCAGCAUUAAGCUAUUCUAGCCCAGUUCUCGCUAAGACAUACAAUGCACCUACCUACACUACCUACCAAGCACCUGCAUACGCCACCUACAGCGCUGCCCCAGCCUACUCAACCUACCAUGCGGCUCCCGUUGCCAAGGUUCUCUCCCCGGCUGUGUCCUACUCUUCUGUAUCUCAAUACGCUCCAUCUGUGUCAACCUACGCCGCUGCCGCUCCUGCCAUUUACGCCGCCGCUCCUGCCUACUCUACCUACCACGCUGCUCCCGUAGCAACUGUUGCUAAGACUCUGUCUCCAGCCGUGUCAUACUCAUCCGUGUCACACUCUAAGACUGUGUCUACCCCAGCAGUCGCAACCUACGCCGCAGCCGCUCCUGCCGUUUACGCCGCUGCUCCUGCAUACUCUACCUACCACGCCGCUCCCGUAGCAACUGUUGCUAAGACUCUGUCACCAGCCGUGUCAUACUCAUCUGUGUCACACUCUAAAACUGUGUCUACCCCAGCAGUCGCAACCUAUGCCGCUGCCGCUCCUGCCGUUUACGCCGCUGCUCCUGCAUACUCUACCUACCACGCUGCGCCCGUAGCAACCGUAACGAAGACCUUGUCCCCAGCUGUGUCGUAUUCAUCUGUAUCUGCUCCUGCUGUAGCAACUUACGCUGCCGCCGCCCCAGCACUCUACGCGUCUCCAGCCGUAGCUACUUACCACGCUGCCCCCGUGGUGACCAAGACAAUCGCCACUCCCGUUGCCUACCAUGCUACUCCCAUUGUCAAAUCAGCCAUCACAUACUCAGCUGCCCCAGCUGUGUCCCACGUCUCAUAUGCUGGUUUAGGAGCACACUAUGGCUGGUAG